UAAAAAAACCAGUGUAGUAGCUUAUAGCAGACUUCUGAAGGGCUUAAGACUUAUUUUACUAUGACCUGCUUUGCUGUCAUUCCGCCCUGCCCCCCCAAUAACUUCUUCAGAAACUUAGGCCAUGCCGAGGAGUAGUGUGUCCAUAGAUUCAGGAAGCAAAAUGACUUUCUUUGCUUAAAGACUGGAAAUUCUAAUUCAUCCCAUCUCCUCCCUUACAGACAAGACCACCCCCUGGACAUGGCGCCAGAGACCCAGAUGCCAGGCCCAGUGUGUCUCAUUGAGAACACUAAAGGGCAACUGGUGGUUAAUCCAGAAGCUCUGAAGAUCUUGUCUGCCAUUACGCAGCCUCUUGUCGUGGUGGCUAUUGUGGGUCUCUGCCGCACAGGCAAAUCCUACCUGAUGAACCAAUUGGCUGGGAAGAACAAGGGUGAGUGGUAGUAGCAAAACUCUGCUGAGUCCUUUCUCUUCAACCACAUUCACAAUCAUGAUGGUUAAGGCAUCACUGAAAUAACUUCUGUAUACAUAAUUAUAAACUAUUAAAAUGUUAAUAGCAUAAUAUUCUUGUGAAAAAAUAUCAUCUAACCUAUGGUACUUGAUAUUCUUAUUUUCUCAUUUCUCUUUUGUAAUUUAGAUCAAUACUGUUUAUACUUUCUUCCAUCUCCUCAUCUUGCUUUCCUUAAAUUGUAGCUCAAUUGCCAAGAAAGUCUCCAGUUUCCAAAUCCCCUGCUCUAUUACAUCCUCUCCACUGCUCCUCUCCCCAACCCCUUGUAGGCUUCUUUCUCUGUUGGAUCCACAGUGCAAUCUCACACCAAGGGAAUCUGGAUGUGGUGUGUGCCUCAUUCCAAGAAGCCAGACCACACCCUGGUUCUGCUUGACACUGAGGGACUCGGAGAUGUAGAGAAGGAUGACAAGAACAACGAUACCCAGAUCUUUGCACUGGCAAUACUAUUGAGUAGUACCUUUGUGUACAAUACCAUGAACAAAAUUGACCAGAGGGCUAUUGACCUGUUGUAUUAUGUAACAGAACUGUCAAAUCUGCUCAGGACAUUAUCUUCAUCUGAUCUUGAUGAGGUUGAAGAUGCAGCUGACUUUGUGAGCUUCUAUCCAGACUUAGUGUGGACUUUGAGAGAUUUCUACCUAUCCUUACAAGCAGAUGGGCAGCUCAUCACAGCAGAUGACUACCUGGAGAACUCACUGAGGCCGAAGCAAGACACUGAUCAAAAUCUUCAAAACUUCAACUUGCCUCGUCUUUGCAUUCAGAAAUUCUUUCCAAUAAAGAAAUGCUUUGUCUUUGACUUACCCACUCACCAGAAGAAGCUUACCCAGCUUGAGACACUGAAUAAUGAUGAACUGUAUCCUGAUUUUGUGCGACAAGUAACAGAUUUCUGUUACUACAUCUUUCACUAUUCUAAGACUAAAACUCUUUCAGGAGGCAUCGAGGUCAAUGGACCUUAUCUAGAGAGCCUAGUGCUGACUUAUGUCAAUGUCAUCAGCAGUGGAGAUCUGCCCUGCGUGGAGAAUUCAGUCUUGGCUUUGGCCCAGACCAAGAACUUAACAGCAGUCAAAAAAGCCAUUGCCCACUAUGACCAGCAGAUGGGCCAGAAGGUGCAGCUGCCUGUAGAAACCCUCCUGGAGCUUCUGGAUCUGCACAGUGCCAGUGAGAUAGAGGCCUUUGAAGUGUUCACGAAGAAUUCUUUUAAGGAUGUGGACCAAAGGUUCCAGAAGGAAUUGAAGACCCUACUAAAAGCAAAACGGGAUGAUCUUUGUAAACAGAAUUUGGAGGUAUCAUCAGAUUAUUGCUCCGCUUUACUUCAGAAUAUUUUUGGUCCUCUAGAAGAAGAUGUCAAGAGGGGAAUUUAUUCAAAGCCAGGAGGGCACCGUCUCUUCAUUCAAAAAACAGAAGAGCUGAAGGCAAAGUACUAUCAGGAGCCCAGGAAAGGAAUACAGGCUGAAGAAACUCUGCAAAUUUUACAGUCCAAGGAGUCUGUGAGUAAUACCAUUCUACAGACAGACUUGGCUCUCACAGCGAGGGAAAAGGAGAUGGAAGAAGCAAGUAUAAAAGCAGAGGCUGCAAAGGCUGAAGCACAAAGGUUGAAGGAGAUUCAAAGGCAGAACGAGCAAAUGAUGCAGCAGAGGGAGAGACUCCAUCAAGAACAAGUGAGACAAAUGGAGAUAUACAGAGCCAACUUUUUGGCACAGCAACAAAGGGACUUGGAUCGUCGACUCCAGGAAGAAGCUGCACAGCAGAAGAGGAUACAGGCUGAAAUAAGAAGGCUUCAGAAUGAGCUUCAGCAGCUCCAGUGGGUAGACCCACCAGAUAAUAUAUGCAUCUUACUCUAAAGCUAAACACCAGAAUUUCUUUUUUGUGUUCACUUUCACUGAAGACAGAAUGAAACAAGAAACUAGAGAACUCAGGACAAUUACCAUUUGAAUAAACUGCAUAAUAAUUAUAUCAAACUUUUGUUAUAAAAUUAUGAUGCUUAUAAUUGGUAAAAUGUACAUUUUAAUAGUUUAAAUGAUGAUUACUUCCUUGAAAAGAUUGUGGGUUGUGUAAUAAGGGACAUUUGAUCACUGCUUUUAUUUGGUACAGAUAUUGGGCUGGCUCUCUCAGGGGAAACUUUCUCUUGUACCUCUCUAGUUUUCCAUAUUUGUCUCAGAAGGGGAUUAGAAGUGACAUAGGGGGUGUGAUUCUCAAUGGGCUAAGUCAAGUGAGACCAAAGUCUUGAACUCAGGUGGGCAUCACUCCUGACAAGUGGUCAUGUGCUGGAUGCCAUCAGAGGGGUUCACCAAUGCGAAAGACGACUAACCUAGCUUCUUAGAGGAGACAAUGUACGGUUCCCACCUGGGUGGAGGCUGUGACUCCUGGUCAUGGUCAGCAGACAGUUUGCUUAGAGAGAUCCCAAACUGGAAAUGAAUAAUAAUGUAUGAAAGAGAGGUGUUCCAGAAGAUGGAAGGAACUACCACCAUGGAAAGUGUGUCUUAGGCCGAAGGGAUAAAAAAACAUUUUCCUUUUUGCUACCCUUACCAAGGGCAUAACUUAAAUAAGACAUUUUAAUAUCAUUAAGCAAUUUAUAUGGAAUUUAAUAACUGUGUGUUUUAUCUUUAUAAUUCUUUAGAGUCUAUAAAUAAAUAGUAAAAGAAAUACUAGAUAAUGUGUCAGAAAAUCUAAUGUGGCUCAUUUAAUUUUAUGCUUAC